CUUUUUCCUUUUUCUCUUUUCAAUUUUUUACUUAUUUAUUUGCCUUAUAAAAUUUAAUAAUAAAAGAAAUUUUCACAAAAUAUUAUAAUGAAAUCGAGUGUACCAGUGGAAAUUUUACAAAAUAUUUUCGAAAAUUAUAAGGAUGAUAUUAAAACUUUACAUUCUAUUUUACUUGUUAGUCGAUAUUGGGCAAGAAUAGUUGUCGUGAUUCUUUGGAGAUAUUCAUUAGAGUUUGCAAGAACGUUUACUUCAAACUGUGUAUCCAAGAAAUUAUUGGAUGUAUAUCGUAGAUACAUUAAUUCCGAAGAACUUCUCUUUGAUUAUCCAUCAUUUUUAAAAAGGUUAGAUUGGAAAUAUCUUAAGUAUGAACAUGAUGGGAAACAAAUAUUUCAAAUGCUUUUACAAAAAAGUAAAUAUUUAUCAUAUUUAACGAUCGAUUUAUAUAAUGAAAAUAUUGGUAUUUAUGAGAAUUUUGAUAUAAUUUUAAACGAAGAAAUCUUAAAUAAUAUAUCCUUAAAAAAAAUCAAAUUCUUAGAAAUUAGUGAUUUAAUUCCUGAAAAUCUUACAAUACUUUCAAAAAUUUGUGAUGGUAUUGAAACUCUUAUCAUUGAAUGUGUUAGACAGAAUCAAAAAGAAAUUUCUAAAUUAUUACAAAUUCAACAUAAUUUAAAAAAUCUGAUUAUCACAAAUUCUUUUCCAUCAUUUGAUAAACCACUAUUAAAACAUUAUCCUCUUUCGUUAACAAAUAUAAAAUUUGUUAAUAGAAAUGAUAAUUAUACUAUUCAUUCUUUAGAUAUUUUGCAAGCUUGUACAAGAUUAGAAAAUUUGGAAUUUUACAAAUGGGAUAUUUAUCCGGAAGAAUGUCAAGAACUAUCGAAGAUUCAUUUUCAAAAUCUCAAAUCCUUAAAAUUUGAGUAUUCGGUACUUCCUUUUACGGUUCUAAAAGGAAUUAUUGAAGUAAAUGGAUCUAACUUGGAGAAAUUAUGGUUUAUAUAUGAAAAUUAUGAAGAGACUGAGUUGGAAUCAUUAUCAAUAACUAUAAAUCAAUCUUGUAGACAAUUAUCAUCUUUAACAUUACAAAUCUAUCAAGACAACACUCGUAAAUACCGAAAUUUUAUUGUACAUCUUGAAGGAAUUUUACAAAGAUUAAAAUAUUUUACAUUUAAAGAGCAUAUAUUCGAAUCACCAAUUAAUAUAGCUAAUGUUUUAAUUAUAGUGAAAAGAUUUAUAUAGAAUAUUAUAUUUUUUCUAAUUAGUUAAUUUAGUAAUUAGCGUAAUAUUUUAGUAGUCAAAUUACCAAUUGUUCCAAUUGUUUGUUUAUUAAUUCCGAUCUACCAAUAGCCCAAUGCGCAAUGCACGACAUGUUCAUGAUGAUCAAAUCUCGGGGUUUUUUUUUUAAUUUAUUCCGUAUUACUCAAAUCGAGAGUUUUAUUAACAAUCUUCUUUAAUUAAUAGAUUUUGUGCAAUAAUUGUAGUAAAUAAUAUGAGAAAAUCAUAUACGAAUGAGUAUACGCACAAGGUUUUACUUUGAUAUUAUAAGUAAUGAGAAAAAAAAAGAAUUCAAAUUAUUAUUAUUUUUACAACUUGAAACUUGAAAGUUUGGAAUGACAAAAAUAUUUUUAGAUUUAGGUAAAACUAUAAAUAAUUUUUAUUCUGACCUUUAAAUAUUUUCAUUAUACAGAAGAUCAUAGAAUAUUAUCU